AUUACAAGCAAUGAAAAGUUUUAAUGCGUGAAAAUCAAUUUCAUUUAUCGCUUUCAAUUUAAAUGUGGUUUUACCGCCGCAUAUUCUGCAUAAUUUUGUUACUUCGAGUAUUAACAGUAGUAUGCAAGGAAUCAGUUAUAAUAAAAGCAAGUGACGAGAAUAAACAAGACAUUUUAGUCGAUGUUUUGAAAAAUUUCACUACAGCUAAUAAGAUAUUAAAAGACUUAAUACGAAACUAUGAACAUUUACAAAGAAUUUAUAAAUCGAAGGAAGAAGAAGAGGAUAUUAAGAAAGGUGUAAAGUCGGAUAAAAAUAUGUUCAAGGCAAUUUUUUCAUCAGGAGAAGAUAACAUACCUAGCUCAGAAAAAAUAUUACAAAAUGAUAAAAUGCGUGUAACUCAAAUGAUUCUCUCCGACAUAGGAAGUGUAGAGCAGUCAACAGACAUUGAAAGCAAAAGUGACGAUACCAGUGCCACUGAAACAUCGGAUGUUAAAAUUGGUGCAAGUAAAAAAAAACAAAAAGAAAAUAAAUAUUCGGUUAAGAACAACAUAAAAAACACGCCAGCGCAAAAUAAAAUGAAAAAAAUCAAGAAAAAAGAGAAGGACAGCAGAGAUAAUAAUAUGGUUACCACCGUUAAGACCCGUUUCAGUAUUCAAGGUGAUCGUAAUAAAAUAUAUACAACAAAACACCACGUCGGGCCUCACUUUAGAAACAAUCACAACAGUAUAAAACGUCUUGUUUACGCCGAAAUCUUCUCUCCUGACAAGAUGUGGCAUGAAGUUGUCAAUAAACCGGUUAACUUGGAAGUCUACAAUGAUGGAGAAAUCAACUUCAGGACAAUAAAACGCACAAAGACGGAUAAUUUAGAAGGCGAAGAAACUGGAGAAAUGGGUUCUGAUGAUGAAAUACUAAAGACAGAGCAAAUCACUACCAAAAUUUUAAGGGACGCGUACGGAGAAGCGUGCAUUAAGGUCGCCGUUCGAAAGUGUUAUAAAGCACUGAAGUUAGUGAAUAAAUAUGUUUGUCACAUUCGACGUAAAUGCAAAAGUGGACUGAAGAGCAGUUUUAAGGAGUUUUCGAAGACUGGAUGUAUUAGAGAGUUCGGUUCUGGUGACGGUAUCGCCAACAACACCGUCGUCGCCAAGAACAUUGGACGAGCCAAACAGAGAACGAAUGAUAUGUCGAACUAUCUUAAAGUGUGUCUGCCUGCUCUACGAUAUAGCAAUGAGGUUUCAGAAAUAAGUAAUCUUCAAAAUGAAGCAAAUACUGUAAGAUCAAUUAAUAUUCUCCGAGAUCGUUUUGAGAAAGCCUGCAGACAAUUAUCCAGGAAGAAGUGUGUCAACGCUUGCCGUUACAGCAUAGAUCAGGCUUGUAAAGUUCACGAGUGUCGUAAUAUAAAGAAAACCUUUAUAAAGGAGUGUAAGAGAGAAUGCAAAAGAGCGUAUAGCAUUGGUGACAACGACAGGAGUCAGAGUAGAAUUGAGAGUGGAAGUGAGAGUGAAAGUGAUAGUGACGAAAGUGACUCCGGGAGCGAUUAUUAAAGAUGGAGUUUAAUUAUUAA